AUGGCAUGCGAUAUACGAGCUCUGUGCUUAAGUAGAAACACAACAAUAGAAAUGGCAAGAGACAGAGGGUACAGCACUACACAGGAGAUAAUGGAGGUUGCUGAGUUUUAUGAGAAGUAUCCGUUUGCUCUUACAAAGCGAUCCACAAUGAACUUCACGGCCGUUGAUGGAAAUAAGCCAGUUGCAAUUCACUUUGGAGAAGAUGAAAAGAUGGGUAAGAAGGCUUUUGAGGUGCUGGUGUCACAAUAUGAAAAAGAUGGGAUACUCCAUCUGAUUCUUGUGGUUGCACAAAUGCCAAGUCCAACAGUGAUGUCUAUGAUAUUGCUGAUACCUCGGCUUGUGAUUGAGGUUUUUUUGGUUGAGGAGCUUGUGUUCAAUAAGACAAAGCAUGCAUGGGUUCCUCCACACAGGAUCCUGUCGAGAGAGGAGCAAGAAGCUGUCCUGAAGAGUCUGAAGCUUGGCCCACAAGAUCUUCCUAGGAUCCAGAAGAGUGAUGUGAUUGCUAGAUAUUUUGGAGCAAAGCAGGGAGACAUCAUGGAGAUCAUAAGAAGGUCAAAGACUGCAGGGGAGUCUGUUUACUAUAGGGUUGUUGUGGACAAGCAGAAAUAA